UUUCCUUCUUUGUUUUAGUUUAAAUUGCUUUUACUUAAUUUUAUUAAUAUUGUUUCUGAAAUUGUCAGUUCUCAAAGGUCUGAUAGAGAGAAUAAGAAGUAAAGUGUUCUUUAUUUUAUUUUUUAGCCCAAGAAAAGAAGAUUGAAGAGAGAUACAGAAUCUUUAUUUAGCCCUAAAGUCUUUCUCUUUUUUCUUUAUUAUUUUUUCUUUUCUCUUUUUCCCCCUCUCUGAUUUUUAUUAUUAUUUUACCUUUUUGAUGGGGUAAUGAAGGGUUUGGGUUCAGUUUAACGUUUCGAUGAGACCAAAUUCCCUGAUUUUCUUCACAAUUUGCAAAACUCAGAAGGGAUUUGUUUGCGUUUUUUUAACUGUACCUUUAUGGGUGGAUUUCUUUAAGUUAGUUUAUUCUGAUUGAGUCAGAUCUAAUCAGGGCUAAAGGACAAAACACUGGUAGGGUUAUUAUUCAUCUUCUUAUUCUUUAGAGUUUAGACCCUUGUGAAGUUGUGGCUUAAAAUUUAUGUUUUUUUUAUAAUUAUUAUUAUUUCUGUAAUUUUCCAGCUUAUAACUUUCGAAAAAGUUUUCAGAUUUUUAAAACUUUUUUAUUUUUCUUAUAAUUUUUUCUUGUCCUCUUGUACACCGAGCACUGUACUUGGAUUCUACAUGGCCGAAAUCUUCUACUUAUAAAAAGAAAAAGCCAACUGCUGCUUUUUUCUUUUCAUUCUUUUUUUUUUCUCUAUUUGAUAUUGUCAUUGGUUUAUUUAUAUGGUCCCUCCUCGGUUCUACAGAUUUGAGUGAUAAUGUGAUAUAAUGUAAACAAUGCUAACAUUCUUGAAACUUGUUUUAUGCUUUUUAUUUCACUUAAUAAUAAUCGUGGCGCUAUGAUUCGAAUUUGGUUAUUAGUUCUUGGAGUUUCCCUUAACUAUGUAGGAGUACAAGGUUCUUGCGGCACAUUGUGUGAUCAGAAUUGCUUCAUUUAUUUGUAAUUAUCAAUUACAAGUUUUUGUAGCACAUACAUAGAGCUUUGCCAAUGCAUUGAACCUUGUUAAACCAUGAAACUAGUUAUGGCCGAAGGUGACUUGGCUUUCGUCCCUACAAAUACUAGCCAUGAGGCUGAACCUCAGUCGAUUGAGUUUGAUGGCCAACAUCUAGACAGUGCUGGAUACAAACUACAAAACCAUAAAGUGAAGCAAUAUGAAAAUGACAACUCAAUUGAUUUCAAGAAGCGUGAACAAGAUUCAGACCUAUCAUCACAUAACAUGCAGCCAGAAGAUUGCAAGUCUAGAACAGAACUUGAUUUUUCUAGUUGCAUGAACAAUCCCAAAAAUUAUUGUGAUGCAGAGUUCGGGGAUGUUAUUGAUCCAUUGUCUCGUUCUAAUGAUUUAGAGACACUUAUGAAGUUACAGAAUGAUAUGGAAUCGGUUAAUAAGUCGGCUACAUCACAGGUCCCUAAUCCUCCAGACAUGAUAGAUUCAUUUGAGAAGUCAUUGGAUGUCUAUAUGGACAAAAGCGUCACAGAAUGCGAACCAGAAAUUGCAGUUUGUUACAGAGAGAAUAGUAAUGUUGUCAAGGAUAUCUGUAUUGAUGAAGGAGUACCAAAGAUGGAAAAGAUUUUGUUUGAGAACGUCAAUGAAAAGGCUUACAAUUGCAUUCCUUCCAAGAAUUACGACGACGGAAAAAAGAAGAAAGACAGCCAUGAGAUCAAUCCACUGCAUCUUCCAUCAACGGAGGAAUCUGAUCAGGUUUCUGAUAAUGAUGAUCAUUCCAAGGAUAUGAUGCACAUAGAUGAGAAUGUGGCUCAAAAACUUGGUGAAAAUGUUAGCACAGAGAUCGCUUUCCUGCAAAAGUUAGAUACUCAAACACAACAACGAGAUACGCAGGGUUCUAGGUCUUCUGAUGACAGUGCUGAGCAGGUGUCUGGUAAGCUGGAAUUGCAUUCCCAAUCUGUGGAAUCCAAAGAUACAACCGAGGAAGCAGUGUUAGCUAGCCACACUUUGGCAUCAGAAGUUGAUGAAUCGAAUGGUGAUGUGGAGAACAGAAACUUAACUAAUGUGUUGGGUCCUUCGGAUCCUGUGGCUUGUGGCAAUGAUGAAUGUCACCGAGCUGUUGAAUCUCAAGCAUUUAGGCCUCUAGAUGCAGUGACCGAUGGUCAGGUUGCAACUAGUCAGGAUCGUUAUACCUUAGGCGAGUCAAGUUUCUCUGCCGUUGGCCCUGUAUCUGGUCGUAUAAGUUACUCAGGGCCGGUGCCUUAUUCCGGUAGCAUUUCUCUUCGUUCAGAUAGCAGUACAACCAGCACGAGGUCAUUUGCCUUUCCAAUAUUGCAGUCUGAAUGGAAUAGCAGCCCGAUCAGAAUGGCAAAAGCGGAGAAAAGGCAUUACGGGAAGCAUCGCAGUUGCUGGAGUGCCCUUUGCUGUAGAUUCUAAAGAUGAUUCUUCUUAUUAUUAUUAGUAUUAUCAUUAUUAUUAUUUUCUUAAUUUAAUAGGUUAAAUUGAUAUAUACCAUUUUUAAGAUAUCCUUGAGAGUCAUGCAUAUAGCUAUUCUCUAGUGUGCAGUGAGUUGUUUUAGAAUGAUGCCUGAGUUAACGCUCUUGCAAGCAAAAAUCUUUAGAGUUUUUAGAGUUGCUUGCAUGCCUUUUAUACCCUGUAGAUGCUAUAAUUGAUUUUAAUUUUAUUUCCAUUUAAA